UCUCGCUAUCGGAAGCUGGCGGAAGACGGAGGGCUGUGAUUGGCUCCUGGUAGCGGGGCGCGGGACGCGGUGCUGGAGGAGCGGGUGGCUCCGCAGUCGGUGCUGAGGCGCCAUGUGGGGCGGACACGGUAACUUCGAUGGCGGUUACGGCCCCGCGGGGGGAUACACGCAGUCACCGGGAGGAUUCAGUUCACCAGCGGGCGGGCAGGCCGAGAAGAAGCAGCGCAGCCGCUCGCAGAGCAUCGUGCCCUGCACCGUGUCGCAGCUGCUGGCAGCCGAGCAGGUGGACGAGGCGUUCCGUAUCCAUGACGUGGAGAUCUCGCAGGUCACCGUGGUGGGCAUCGUUCGACACGCAGAGAAGGCGCCCACCAACAUCCUGUACAAGGUGGAUGACAUGACAGCGGCACCCAUGGACGUGAGGCAGUGGGUUGACACCGAUGAGGCAGGUAGUGAGAAUAUCGUGGUGCCCCCAGGAACUUACGUCAAAGUUGCUGGUCAUCUUCGGUCUUUUCAGAACAAGAAGAGUUUGGUGGCGUUUAAGAUCAUGCCUCUGGAAAACAUGAACGAGGUCACCACGCACAUACUUGAGACUGUUAAUGCGCAUAUGAUCCUCAGGAAGAACCUUAUGUCAGCAUCAAGAGCACCUCAGUCGUUUACCUCUGUUGGAAUGAGUGACGUGGGGGCCUAUGGUGGAGGCAGCCUGCCUGUCAAUGGACUCACAGCACAUCAGAGUCAGGUGCUGAACCUGAUUAAAAACUGCCAUUCUCCAGACGGGAUGAGUCUCCAAGAGCUGAAACUUCAGCUCCACAAUGUCAGCAUACCAACAAUCAAGCAAGCAGUUGAAUUCCUUAGCAGCGAGGGACACAUCUACUCUACUGUGGAUGAUGAUCACUAUAAGUCUACGGAUGCUGACUGAAGCUCUUUCCACCUGGAUUUGCUCCCAGCCAAGUGCUUCUCGGUGUCUCGAAUUAACCUGCUGAGCUUUGCAACUUGGAAGGUGAUGUUUGCUUUCUAACAUGUGCAAGUCCCACUUAUUCAGUGAUUCCCCACACCCCGAAAUUCAAGGACAAUGUAGCCAAGAGAAACGUUCUGUUAAUGUACAGUAAUCAUGACUGGAUUUAUAAUUAGUUUGUGCACUUAAAUCUAUAUUUGUACUACGAGGUGGUCUUGUUACUAUGGCUUUUGAAUACUAUUUUCAUUAAAAUGUAAACUAGGGUGGUCUUAA